AUGCGUGAGGGGACACAAGCCAAUGGUCGAAGGUCUUCCUCUUCCACGUUUGAGUACAGAAUGGGUUGGUCGUGGCCGGAAAUCAAGCAUAGGCUUCAAUGCCCCGUUGACGAAGAUGCUCAAUAUGAGAACACCACUUGGUGUAACCGUGAUCUGAUUCCCAUCCCACCAGACCGCCGAACCUAUGGCGUUUGGUCUUACUUCGGUAAUGUAAUUGCCCUGGAUCGUCGCGAUGACCCACUAAUGGAUCCAUUAGGGUACUGGACUGUUUCAGGGUCCUGCAUCUCCGCUUGGUCGACCGGUAGUACACUACUGGCCUUUGGACUAAGUCCGCAGCAGGCUAUUGGGGUCGUGGUGGUUGGGGGCAUUCUUGCUGGCCUCCUUGCAGUUGCCUGUGGAUGGAUGGGCGAGAACCACCACAUCGGAUUCACUGUGUCUAGCCGAUUUUCCUGGGAAAUGCGAGGAUCAUACUUUCCGGUCAUUCUACGGUCCUUUGUCUCUUGCAUGUGGUUUGGCAUGCAGGCAUUCUGGGGGGGUCAAGCCACGAGAGUUAUGAUCGGCGCUAUCAUUCCCGGUUUCGCUCAUAUGCCAAACUACUUUUCUGCCAGCUCACAUCUUCAAACCAAAGACUUCAUUGGGCUUCUGAUAUGGAUGUGUGCUUUUAUCCCUGGCCUCCUGAUCCGCCCUGAGAAAUUACAAAUUCCAUUCGUGGUUUGUUUCACGUUUUUCUGUGGAUCGUGUUUUGGACUAUUAAUAUGGGGCGUAUCUCAAGCCCACGGUCCGGGAAGUAUGUUUCGUGAGCCUGCAAGCACACCAAAUGUCGGAUGGGCUUUCAUGUUCGGUAUAACAGCCAUUCUCGGAUCGUGGGGAUCCGGAACCCUGGGUCAAUCAGAUUGGACUCGUUAUGCCAAUCGAAGAUUUGCCCCGACUCUAUCGCAACUGAUUGCCUCUCCGGUGACUAUUGCAGCGACAGCUACGAUUGGUAUCAUUGUCACUAGUACAUCUCGUGACAUCAUGGGGGGUGAUAUUGAAUGGAAUCCCAUUUAUCUGUUAGCUGAUAUCCAAGAAUUUUAUCAUUCGAGUCCCGGGGUGCGCGCAGCGGUUUUCUUUGCCAGUAUCGGCAUGGUGUUCUCGCAGUUUUCGAUCUCGGUUGUACUCAACUCGGUCUCCUGUGGUAUGGACCUGGCUGGUCUGUGGCCGAAAUACAUCAAUAUUCGGCGUGGUGGAUACAUAAUGGCCUGUAUCGGCAUUGCAACGCAGCCGUGGCAACUUAUUUCGACAGCAGACAAGUUUCUGUCUGUGUUGAGUGGAUUUGGAGUCUUCAUGGCCCCGGCAACUGGAAUCAUGCUAGCAGACUAUCACCUCGUCAGACGCUACAAGCUGAAGCUCGGGGAUUUAUAUACUGGUGACGACUCCUCUAUCUAUUGGUUCUCGAAUGGAGUGAAUUGGAGGGCAUUUGUUGCCUUUUUCGCAGGAAUGUGGCCACUUUUGCCUGGGAUGGUUGGCACUGUGAAUUCCUAUUCCGGAGGUCAAUGGACAGGGUGGGUUCGUCUGUACAACUUGACGUUCUUAGUCGGACUUGCAAUCGGCUUCCUGAUUUUCUGGGUGCUGAACUAUUUCUUUCCUCCGACUGGACUGGGGCAGGAGGGCCCUUUCCUGGAAGAGGAGGAGGUCAUCUGGGGUGUGGCUAAGACGAGUGGAGAAGUCAAGGCCCCGUCCAGGGAUGAAGAGAAAAAGAUCCCUGUCGCUAGAGUGGUUUGA